AUGGUGAAGAUCGCAUUCCAAGAGGGACUUCCACGAGAGAACCCUGGAACAGAAGAGAAACCGCCGUCAGCAUCAGCGAGGGGAGCCCAGCCACCUGCUGCCUUUAGAGACGUCAGCACUGUUGAUGGUUUCCGGUUUCCACGGCUGACGGGAGAGGCGCUGCCGUCCCGGCAUCACCCCCUACAACGCUCCAGCCGUGGCCGCAAGGACCUGGGGACUCGCUCCCUCCGUCGGGGCCCAGCCUCAGUGCCUAACGAGCAGCUCCAACCAGGCGGUCAGGACGGGGAGCAAUCAAUAGUCCAACGAGCGUGGCCUCAGAUAAAGAAGCUGCUGUGGCCCAGGGCGACGUGGCAGCCGGCGCUCGGUCCGCGGCUCCGACUGCGCGCUUCGGCGAAGUCGGCAGGGGCAGCGCCCGCGGCCGCCUGUUGCCGGGCGACGCGGGGACCGGAGGGACAGCACGGCAGCGCGCGCGCAGGAAGCAGUCGGAGCCUCGGCGCGGCUCCGGAGGAAUCUGCUUCCUCGCGCGGCCAGGGGCCGCCACGUCGAACUUCCUCGCACGGCCGAGUCCCGAAGCCUGAGUCAGCGGCCGCGGCGGCGUGGCGGGGCGCCACCGGGCCGGCGCGGGCGCAGCACCCAGCCCCGCGCCCCGCGCCCAGCACUCGGCACCCGGCCCGGGUGCAGCCAGGUCGGUCCGCCCGCUCGUUCCGCGUCCCUGCAGCCCCCGGGACGGCGCCGGCGCUGCGCCGCCGGGGCAGGAGGGCGCGCGACUCCGGGCCCCCGAGAGAUCCGGAGCGAGCCCGGCACGAGCGCGGAGGCGGAGGCGGAGGCCUGCAAUGCACCGUGGAGGGGGCAGUCCGGCCGCGGGAAAACGGGUUGAGGGUGGGGGGACGGAGAGAGGUCCCAGCUGGAAAGUACGGGGCAGCUGUCUGCACCGAGGCUGGCACUGCUAGACUUCCGCGUGUUCCUCCGGCGGACGCCCACGCGCUCGCCGCCCGUGAAGCAGGAGGGCCGGCCCCACCCGCAGCAGGACUGCCGCGCGGACCACUCCCAGGGCUUAGCUCGCUGUGCUGCGAUACAGCUGACGAGGAAGGGCCACCCCUACGAGACCUGGGACUGACAGCUCUCUAG